AUGCCCUCCAGCAGGCUCUACAAGCUCUCUCGGCCAGAGAAAGAGGCCAUGGAGGAGUAUAUCAACGAGUCUUUGGCUGCUGGAUUGAUUCGUCCCUCCUCAUCUCCUCUGGGGGCAAGUUUUUUCUUCGUCGAGAAGAAGGGCUCCUCCCUGUGCCCCUGCAUCGACUAUGGAGGUCUUAAUGAUAUCACGGUAAAGGACUGUACUCCUCUCCCUUUUAUCGAUCCCUCUUUCGAGCCUCUUUGCCAUGCACGAGUUUUUUCAAAGUUAGAUCUUCGUAAUACUUAUCACCUUAUCAGAAUACGAGAGGGGGAUGAGUGGAAGACAGCGUUCAACACCCCCCUGGGACAUUUUGAAUAUCUGGUGAUGCCAUUCGGAUUAACUAAUGCUCCAGCUGUUUUCCAGUCGUUAAUGAAUAACAUUUUUCCUGAUAUGAUAAAUCAUUUUGUUUUUAUAUAUCUAGACGAUAUAUUGAUCUUCUCCCAGAACACAGACAAGCACCGACAACAUGUGAGACUGGUUCUUCAGCGCCUCCUGGAGAACAGGCUAUAUGUGAAACCGGAGAAAUGUGAAUUCCACGCUUCAUCUGUCAGUUUUCAGGGUUACGUCAUCGCCCAGGGGCAGCUAAGACCGGACCCCGCAAAGAUUGAAGCUGUUGCGAACUGGCCCACUCCAGGGAACCGCAAGGAGUUACAGCGGUUCCUGGGGUUCGCAAACUUCUACCAACGCUUCAUCCGGGAUUACAGCAAGGCAGCUGUUCCUCUCACGAGCCUCACAUCUACAAAGACCUCUUUCUGUUGGAGUUCUGAGGCCGACAACGCGUUCGAGACCCUCAAGUCACUGUUCACGAGCGCCCCCGUUCUCAAGCACCCGGAUCCGUCCCUCCAGUUUGUGGUGGAGGUCGACGCCUCUGAUACUGGAAUGGGGGCUGUCCUCUCCCAGCGGGAAUCUGCACCCCUGUCACUACGCUGCCAGCUGCCAGGAGCCGUUAAAAGACCGGACUCACCAGUGAAGAAGAGUGCUCUGGUUUUGAUUGAUUCAGGUGCUGACGACAGCUUUAUUGAUCAGGAGUUUGCCACACAGAUUCGUGCCCCUCUCGAGUUACUUGACACCCCGAAAAUUAUCAAAGCCCUUGACGGCAGACUCCUCGCUACGGUCACACAUCGCACCCGACCCUUGUCCAUGAUCAUCUCGGGGAAUCGUAGAGAAACUAUCCAGAAGUAUGUGAUCACCUCUCCGCUGUCACCCGCUGUGCUGGGCCUCCCCUGGUUACGUCGGCACAAUCCCCACUUGAACUGGAUAACCUCGACCGUCACCAGCUGGAGCAUCUCUUGGCACGCGCAUUGUCUGAAGUCCGCGGCUCCGGAGAGGAGUCCGGCUGCGCAUUCGGCGCCCCCUCCGAAUCUGAUUUCUGUGCCGCCCGAGUAUCACGACCUUGCUACAGUUUUUAGUAAGGACCUGGCACGCGCCCUGCCUCCUCAUCGCCCCUAUGAUUGCGCAAACAAUCUCCUGCCCGGCGUGCCGCUGCCCUCCAGCAGGCUCUACAAGCUCUCUCGGCCAGAGAAGGAGGACAUGGAGGAGUAUAUCAAUGAGUCUUUGGUUGCUGGAUUGAUUCGUCCCUCCUCGUCUCCUCUGGGGGCAGGCUUUUUCUUCGUCGAGAAGAAGGACUCCUCCCUGCGCCCCUGCAUCGACUACGGAGGUCUUAAUGAUAUCACGGUUUUAAUUGAUUCGGGUGCUGACGACAACUUUAUUGAUCAGGAGUUUGCCACACAGAUUCGUGCCCCUCUCGAGCUACUUGACACCCCGAAAAUUAUCAACGCCCUUGACGGCAGACUCCUCGCUACGGUCACAGAUCGCACCCGACCCUUGUCCAUGAUCAUCUCGGGGAAUCAUAGAGAAACUAUCCAGAUGAUGUAUGCCCCCCCCCAGGAUUCCGAGGCAGUGGACCCCAUCAUCCCGGAAUCACGCUUUGUGGGCGCAGCCACCUGGGAAAUUGAGUCUGUGGUCAGGGAGGUGCAGAAGGAGUCUCCGGACCCCAGAGGAGGUCCUCCCGACCGGCUGUUCGUCCCCCCUUCUGCCCGGUCCCAGGUUCUGCAGUGGGGACAUUCCUCCAAGCUCACCUGUCACCCUGAGGUCAACCGGACCCUCCUCUUCCUGCGCCAGUGGUUCUGGUGGCCGGACAUGUCUUGA